AUGGGCGGAUUUGAAGAAGUUGCUGGAAGUGCUGACUUGUCGCUGUGCCAAGGGGAGCAGCGCUAUUUGUAUUGUGCGUGGAAUUUCGAUAAAUCGGGUGUGGAGCUGAAGAAAUCUUGUGAAGAUAUGCAAGUUGCUGGAAGUGCUGACUUGUCGUUGUGCCAAGGGGAGCAGCGCUAUUUGUAUUGUGCGCGGAAUUUCGAUAAAUCGGGCGUGGAGCUGAAGAAAUCUUGUGAAGAUUUAGCUCAGGCAUGGCGAUCUGUAUCUUUUCAUCGCGACGAUGGCUGCUAUUGGUCGACGGCAACAUACGGUCGUAUAUGUUCGAAUGAUGUGCUACUAGACUACGUUUUUUUCGAACGUAUUGUAGCAAAGAUGGAUGCUUUUUCGCGUGCGAAAUUGAGACGUGACUUCACGUCUUCAGCCUCCGAGGAUUUGUAUGCCGCCGUGAUGAAGUGA